CAUAUGUGAGGGGUGAUGAGCAGAGUAUAGAGGACAUUCCUACAGAUAACCACCCAGAUGACUAUUCCAGGAACUCAGAGGGACAUCUGAUCUCUUCAGAUUUUAAGGUAGAUGAUGGUGGUUUCAUACAAGAUAUGUAUCAAGAACAUGCCAGUAUCCAAGAAAUAUCAUCAUCCAUUCACAGCAAAAACGUAUUAUUUGAUCCUUUUAAACUGGUCCAAUCUUCUGAUUCAUCACAGAAUGUAACACAAAAUAAAAGUCACCAAAGGCGCGUUGAAUGUCAAACAGCUCACAUGAGUGAGAAGCCAUUUUCAUGUUUACAAUGUGGGAAAUGUUUUUCUAUUAAACAAAAUCUGGUUAGACAUCAAAGAACUCAUAGUGGAGAGAAGCCAUUUUCAUGUUCAGAAUGUGGGAAGUGUUUUUCUAUAAAACAAAAUCUGGUUAGACAUCAAAGAACUCAUAGUGGAGAGAAGCCAUUUUCAUGUUUAGAUUGUGGGAAAUGUUUUAUUGAUAAAUCGGAUCUUGGUAAACAUCAAAGAAUUCACACAGGGGAGAAGUCAUGUUCAUGUUCAGAAUGUGGGAAAUGUUUUUCUGCAAAAAAAGAUCUUAUUAGACAUAUAAGAAUUCACACAGGAGAGAAGCCAUAUUCAUGUUCAGAAUGUGGAAAAUGUUUUGUAAACAUUUCUAAUCUUUAUGAACAUCAGCACACUCACAGAAGGGAGAAGCCGUUUUCAUGUUCAGAAUGUGGGAAAUGUUUUAACCAAAAAUCAGCUCUUGUUAAACAUAAAAGAAUUCAUACAGGGGAGAAGCCAUUUUUAUGUUCAGAAUGUGGGAAAUGUUUUGCUAUAAAAAAAUAUUUGGUUACGCAUCAAAGAACUCACACAGGAGUAAAGCCAUUCUCAUGUUUAGAAUGUGGAAAAUGUUUCAACCAUAGAUCAGACCUUGUUAAACAUCAAAGAACUCACACAGGGGAGAAGCCAUUUUUAUGUUUAGAAUGUGGGAAACGUUUUUCUGUAAAAAAAUGUCUGGUUACACAUCAAAGAACUCACACAGGGGAGAAGCCAUAUUCAUGUUCAGAAUGUGGGAAAUGUUUUAACCAGAAAUCAGCUCUUGUUACACAUCGUAGAAUUCACACAGGGGAGAAGCCAUAUUCAUGUUCAGAAUGUGGGAAAUCUUUUCCCCAGAAAUCAGCUCUUAUUAAACAUCAAAAAACUCACACAAGGGAGAAGCCAUAUUUAUGUUUAAAAUGUGGAAAAUGUUUUCCCCGGAAAUCACAUCUUGUUACACAUCAAAAAAUUCACAAAAGAGAAAAGCCAUCUUCAUGUUUGGCUAGUUACUGACUGCCAUAUGUGUUUUACAGUGGUCACUAACUAGCUUUAUUCUGAUAAAUAAGCUUUUUUAUAGUGGCACAUCGAAAUAAAACAGCACCUUGCUUUCAGCUACCAGAGAGCUAGCUGAGGGAUUGGACCAUAAAUCGGUGGGGCUGCUGAGAGAGGUCCUUGAACACAAAUGAUCUCCUGUAUUAAAUGAAUACCAUAAAAUACAGUUAAAAGGGAAUCACCUUUCACUGAAAUUGUUCAUCAAGUGGAGAAAAAAAAAUUAACCUCAAUCGUCUGAUGAUAUGGGGACUUCCCUUCAUUCCUGUAAAAACUACAAAUACAGGGGCUUAUGGGACAGUCAAAAAAUAGAGCUGGAUUCCUGCAACAACUGGUGUCCAAGCAGGUGUAAAAAGCGGCUACAUUCACACUUGCAUUUGACCAGUUACUUGUAGUCAAGUGGAGAAAAGGGCUACCACUUAUAAGAGUAAACCUAUCUGCGUGACACAUCAUACAUUUUUCGGGGGCGUAUCUCUCCGACUAAGUCCUUAAACCAUAUCUGAUAAAGUAUAAAACAAGACCCUGAUAUAAAAAGGUAGCGAUCCACCCAUUACAGACUGCUACAUAUUAUAGAUUUGUCCUUUAUAAAGGAACAAUCGCCAUCCUCUGGUUCCAGAGGCUGAUUGAGCACCCUCCUGUUUGAUACCACUCACCUCAGCAAUUAAAUGAGUCUUAAGAGGCGUGAAAGCUCCCAGAGUGUUAUUUUCCUCCCCCAGUCCCCGCCACUACCUCCAGAACAUAUUUUGAAACAUGGAAGGAGGAGGAAUGGCCGAUUUAUUGUGCCAUGUGUCCAUCACAACCAGGCCUCUGUUAUUACCUUUGAAACAUACCACACAAUAAUUAUUCAUUUUAUGUAACAUUUAUUGAAUGCCAAAAGGGUUGUGGGGUGAGGAAAUCAAUUUGCUCAUAAUUUCUGUUUAUUUUUAUUUUUUUGUCUGUUAUUGGGUUGUCUGCUGCUAGGAUAACUAUAAUUGUUACAAAAAGGGUUGGCCGUGGGGAUUUGGAAGCCAACUUACUCAUAUUUUCUGUUUAGUUUGUGUUGUUACUGUUUGUUUCUAGGUUCUCCAUUACUGGACUGUCCAUAAUUAUUCAUUUUAUUGAAGUUAUAGGGAACACCAAAAAGGCGGGGGGGGGGGAUUUAGGGAGUCAAUGUAUUCACAUUGUGAUUUUUUAUUCAAUAUAAUUCUUGGACAAUUAGUUUUAGGACUCGAUCAGUCAAAGGGGUUAUCCGAAACAAUAAAAAGCUCCCCAUAUGCUAGGCUCCUCACAUUGAACUUACUUACCCCUCUCCCUGUGCUGCUCCUGGUCCCUGCACUGCCACUUCUUCCCGUGCGCAGUAAGCGGGGGGACAGCUAAUAGCAGUCGGGGACAGGGACAAGCCACUCUAGCAUUGCUUGUUGCACUAGGGAGGCUCGUCCCCGUCUGCCAUUGGCUGCCUCCCCCCCGACACUGAAUGUUUGAAUCUGUGCACAGGGAGAAGCAGCAGUGGCAGUACAGGGACCAGGAGCAGUGUGGGGAGCGGGGUAAGUAUAUUCAAUGUGAGGGAUCCGUCAUAUGGGGGAGCGUUUUAUAGUCUAUUCCAGUCUGUCUAUUCUACUCCCAUAAAUAUUGGUAAAAUAAAAAUAUGGGCUUGUCAAUAACAGCAGCCUGCUCUUUUUAAUUUUUACACCAUUACCAAAAUGUAUCAGGAAAUAAAUCCAACAAAUGUGGUCCAUGGAUGUUAUCCACGAGCACCAUGGGCGUAGUUACAACCCCUUCAGGACCAAGACAUUUUUGUACCUUCCUGACACGGCUCAAUUUUGCAAAUUUGACGUCUCGCUUUAUGUGGUAGUAACUUUGGAAUGUUUUCACAUUCAAACGAUUCUGAGAUUGUUUUUUCAUAACACAUAGUACUUCAUGUUCAUUGUAAAUUUGAUUUACCUUUAUAAAA